CAUAGUCUACACAGAGUCAUUUUAUUUUUGUCAUUAUGACAUAUUAUAUCAUGAUAUAAAAUCAGUCAGUGAUAAAUUACUCAAGUCUCCAUUUUCCAUCUACAUUUUCAUCCAUCCCAUCCCAUUUAAAUUUAUGUUCAUUUUCAUCAUUCAUUAGCAUGAAAGAUAAUAAAAGCUAUUUAAAAAAUGGCGUAGAAAAUAUAUUCGUAACGAUAUUAUUAAGUGAAUCGACUACCAGCUUUUUGAAUUUGAAUCUACCUCACGUUGAACACAUGCAUCCAGACAAUUCGAAGAUCUUCAUCAUAUCUCCGGAACAUUAUAAACAUACUAAUAACAGAAUAGGAGAGGAAGAUCUAAUGAAACAUAUCAAAGACCGUGAUAGAUUUGUGCAAAUUAAAUACAUUUCCGAUCCUGGAACAAGCGGUACUAAUAGCUCUAGUGACUUUACUGAGAGAAGUAUGCAAACUGGUAUAUCAGAUGAAGAUCUUUACAGGACGCAUCUAAAAAUGGCAUCAGAUGUUGGCUUAUUUAAAACUAACUUUUCGUCGAAAUCCUCAUGUGGCUACGAAGAAUGUGAUUCUGACUUAGAAAUAGAAGACAAACUAAAAACCCCCAAAUCGGCUAUUUUUGAGACUACAAGAAUUAAACCGUUACCGUUAUUGACAGCUAGAACGACUGCCCAUUCGAACAAACUAAAUUCUUACUCAACUGAUAUUUAUGUAUCUCUACUAGACUCUAGCAUUAAUUCCUCGGAAUAUAUAUGUCGAAUCUGUCACGGCGGAGAAAGUAUCGACGAUCUCUUAACACCCUGUAGAUGCAGAGGAACCGUCGCUUUGGUACAUUUAAAAUGCUUGGAGAGAUGGCUCAAGGACUCACAGCAUAGUUCAUGUGAACUAUGUCAACAUCAUUACAAGAUUGUCAGGAAACCCAAAUAUAGCGUAGUAUGUUCCAUUCCUGCUUAUCUAAAAGACAACGGACCACAACUAAAAGAAGUUCUAUUAGAUCUAUUCGCCUUUGCAAUAUAUACUCCGUCAGCCGUUGCUUCGACAUACAUGUUGAUGGUGCUUUGUGAAUCCCUAGUAAAGUCGAAUAUUGUAACAACUGGAACGUUUUCAUCGCAUCUCUUGGCAUUUUCAGCCGUUUUUGGCAUGGCCGCCAUAGAUUUCACAUAUUCUUCUUGGUUGCUGUACACAUGUCAGAAACAUCUAGAAUCUUGGAGGGACUGGUAUCACAGUAACACAACGUUGAAAGUGGUCUUGUCGCCCAUCAAGCUACGACCACACAAAAAACUCAAGAACUUGGUAAAUCAUUCUUAAGAAGUUUGAAAAUUUUACAAAAUAUUUUGCAAAAAAAGUGAUACCAACAAAAAUAACUGUUGAUAUUGACAAAAGACGAAUUCUUGAUUCCAUCCAAAAUCCAGCAUUGACCUAAUAUACAGAUUCAAAAAAUAUAGGUCGGUGUUUAUGUAAGACAAUUUUACUGAUUUUUCUCAUUUAAUUUCAUUUUCAUUUGUAAUAUACACCUAAAUUAUCUAAA